AUGGACCUGAAAGGUCUAUAUCUACUACUACUUCUACUAAUCUACCAAGAAAUUCAACUUAUUCAAGGACGCUGUGGAAGUGGACAGUUUCAGUGCAACAAUGGACAAUGCAUUAACACAGAAUGGAGGUGUGAUGGGACAAAAGACUGCACAGAUGACUCCGACGAGCUCAACUGUCCACCUCCAUCAUGCAGCUCACAGGAAUUUAAGUGUGUGACAAGCGGAGAAUGCAUCCCUCAGGGAUUUGUCUGCGAUGGGGAGGAAGACUGCAUCGACGGCUCGGAUGAAGAAAGAUCCUGUGGGGGGCGGACCUGCAGCCCAGACCAGUUUACCUGUCAAGAGGGCCAGUGUAUCCCCAAGAAAUACAGAUGUGACCAUGUGAAAGACUGUGUUGACAACUCAGAUGAGAACAACUGCAACUAUCCAAGCUGCACUGAGAAGACAUGUGCCAACGGUGCCUGUUAUAACAACUCUCAGCAUUGCAAUGGGCUGCAGGACUGUAGAGACGGCUCUGAUGAAUUCAACUGCACCACUCAACACUGUCCAAUCCAUCAGUACCAGUGUACAAACGGUUACUGUAUCCCACAAUCCUUUGUGUGUGACCACUGGGAUGAUUGUGGGGACAAUAGUGAUGAACAAGGCUGUGUGUACCAAAGCUGUAGCGGCAGUGAGUUCACUUGCACCAGUGGUCGGUGUAUUCCUCAGCGCUGGGUGUGUGACCACUUCAAUGACUGUGGGGAUUACAGCGAUGAGAGAGGAUGUGAUAGUGAUUCUCGAGACUGUUACCCUGGAGAGUGGGGAUGUCCAGGAUCACCGGUUUGUAUACACAUGGAUAAAGUGUGUGAUGGCAAACCAGACUGUCCUGGAGGAACAGAUGAGACCAACUCCACAGCCCAGCAAACCUGCAGCCAUGACCGAUGCUCUGCCUUGAGCUGUGAAUAUGGAUGCCACCUGUCUCCCCAAGGAGGCACCUGCUACUGUCCUGAUGGUUUUAUCGUUGCCAAUGACAGCCGCUCCUGUGUAGACUAUGAUGACUGUAAGAUCUGGGGGAUCUGUGACCAGCUGUGUGAAGACCGUCCUGGGACACACCACUGUAGCUGUGCUAAUGGAUACUUCCUGGAGCAGGGUCAUGUCUGCAAAGCCAAUAUAUCAGCUGGAAUGCCACAGCUGAUUUUCACCAACGGGGGUGAUGUGAUGAUGGCGGAUAUACACGGCCGCUUCGUCAGGACUCUGGUGCUGUCCCAGGGCAAAGGUUACGCUGUAGGCGUGGCCUAUCACUGGCGUAGUGAGAAAGUCUUCUGGAGUGACACCUACACCAAAAAGGUCUAUUCUAUCAACUAUAAUGGAGGUGAGAUCAAGGAGGUUCUAACUUCUGCAGUCCACAAUGUCCAGAACCUCGCCGUAGACUGGGUCAACUUCAAACUCUACGUCUUAGAGGCUAUGGUAGAGCGGAUUGACAUGUGUGACUUCGAUGGAGGGAAUAGGAUCACACUGGUGGCUGAAAACCUGCAGACUCCUCAUGGCCUGGCCCUUGACCCUACAAUUGGUUAUAUGUUCUUCACAGAUAUGGGCCUUAGUGGUGAGCAUGUGAAGCUGGAACGUGCCUUCAUGGAUGGCAGCAACCGUGUGGAGCUGGUGAGAAGCCGGUUAGGUACUCCGACAGGAAUUACCCUUGACAUUGUCACCCGGAGGGUCUACUGGUCUGACAGUCACUUCGACACAGUGGAGACUGUGACCUACAGUGGCCUGGACAGGAAAACAGUGCUCAACGGUGGAACUCAAGCCCCACAUCCUUUUGGAAUGGCUGUAUUUGAGAACCAUGUGUUUUUCACUGAUUGGUCUAAGAUGGGUUUAGUGAGAGCCAAUCGAUUUAAUGGCAGCAAUCCAGCACUCCUGUAUCGCACUGCAAAGAGACCAGGCCAUGUUGUAGUCUCACACACUGUUCUACAACCUCUUGUUUUAAACCCUUGUGGGAGACACAACGGAGGCUGCCAACACAUUUGUGUCUUGAGUCACCGCACUGACAAUGACGGCCUGGGCUUUCGCUGCAAGUGUCGCCAUGGCUACGACCUGCAACCUGACCAUCGGAGCUGCUUCAAGGUGAAGGAUUUUUUGUUGAUGGCCACAUCUCUGGCAGUGCGUGGAAUCCCUCUAAACUUGUCCCUCCAGGAGGACCUCACCCUCCCCCUCACAGGACUUGGGACUUCUUUCUCUGGCUCUGCUGUAGAGUAUGAUGGCAAUGAGGAGGCCAUUUUCUACAACGACAGGUCCAGAGGCCUCAUCUAUAAGUCAAGUCUGAACGGCACAGUUCAGCAGAUUUUGACAGGCUACAGAGUGGGAACAGUAGACGCCAUGGCUUACGACUGGACAUCCAAAGUUUUAUUUUGGACUACAAGCACAUACAGAUCAGUGGUGGCCUUUAGAGUCACAGAUAAAUCCAGGCGAGACAUUGCAACUGGUUUGAGGUACCCCAAGGGAAUUGCAGUGCAUCCUAGUGCUGGCUACCUGUUUUGGUCUGACUGGUACCGGCCAGCAGUCAUAUUUAGAGGCUUCACUGAUGGCAGCAAUACUGUUCAUUUAGUGAACACAACUCUGGGAUAUCCAUAUGGACUCGCUGUUGACUAUGUCAUGGACAGAGUGUACUGGGUAGAUUCACUCUUGGACCAGAUUGGUCACAUUAGCAUUGAAGGAUAUGACAGAGAGACAAUCAGCAAUAUUGGUCAGAUCACUUCUCCCUUCUCUCUAACAGUUUAUUCAGACUACCUCUAUGUGUCUGAUACAAGAACCAGAGGAAUAUUUGAGAUGAGGAAGAGGGAUGGAGGAGGAAACAUUAUGAUCAGGCAAGGAGUCACUGGUAUCAUGAAUGUCAAGGCCUACGUAGCUGACACCCACAGCACUUUCACCAGCCGUUGUAAUAUGGUGCCCAAUGGUCAAUGCAGCCACUUCUGUUUCCCAACCCCCUCUUAUGGUCGGGUGUGCGGCUGUCCGUACGGUAUGAAACUUCACUCCAAUCACAGGGACUGCAUCAAGGACGAUUCUGUCCCCCCACCAGACACCAGCUGUGGUGACUACGCCUUCGAAUGUGACGAAGGACGCUGUCGGCCCAACUCCUACCGCUGUGACGGGGUUGUUGAUUGCGUUGAUCAGACUGAUGAAGCUAACUGCACUGAUACAGGUGCCACAUGUUCUCCAUAUGCCUUCACCUGCAACAACAAGCACUGCAUCUUGAAGAGUUGGCGUUGCGAUGGCCAUGACGACUGCGGGGAUGGCUCUGAUGAAAUAAACUGUCCGACUCGUCUCCCUACCACCUGUGCUGCGGACUACUUUACCUGUGAUAACAACAGAUGUAUCUCUAAAGUGUGGGUGUGUGAUGGUGACAAUGACUGCGGAGAUGGCUCUGAUGAACACAACUGCAAUUCAACCAUCACCACAUGCCCUCCUUCCUACUUCCUGUGUCCUGACCACCGCUGUAUCUACAACUCCUAUGUGUGUGAUGGAGAUCAGGACUGUUUAGAUGGCUCUGAUGAAGAGAACUGUGAGUUUCCCUGUUCCUCUCAUGAGUUUGCCUGUGCCAGUGGGGACCAGUGUAUCUCUUCAAGGUAUCGAUGCGAUGGAGUCUAUGACUGCAGAGACCACUCUGAUGAGCAAGACUGUCCCACCCGAGGUCCAGGCCUCUGCCACGAUGAUGAGUUCCAGUGUCAGACAGAUGGCUUCUGCAUCCCAGAGGGGUGGGAGUGUGAUGGUCAUCCAGACUGUGAGGAUGGGUCAGAUGAACAUAACUCCUGCCUGCCAGUGACCUGCAGGUCUGACUACUUCCAGUGUAACAACAAGAUCUGCGUUCCGAUGAGCUGGGUAUGUGAUGGCGACAAUGACUGCCGGGACAUGAGUGAUGAACAGAACUGCCCCACGCCUCCAUUCAGCUGCCCAUCAGGACAGUGGCAGUGCCCCACUGACCUGGUUUGCAUUGAUCUGGACAAGGUGUGCAAUGGCCAGAGGGACUGCCCCAAUGGAGCAGAUGAGUCACCCAUCUGUAACCAAAAUGACUGUCAACUGAACAAUGGAGGCUGCAGUGAUGGAUGUAUCCAAGGACCUUUUGGGGCUCAGUGCACAUGCCCACCUGGAUUUCAGCUCCUCAACGACUCAAAGACAUGUGAUGACAUCAACGAAUGUCUGAUCACUGGUUUCUGCAGCCAGCAAUGCUUCAAUGAGAGAGGAAGCUUUAGGUGCUACUGCUCAGAGGGUUACCUCCUGGAGCCGGAUGGACGCACCUGCAAAGCAACAGACCCUGCAGCAGCUGUACUUCUGGUUACCAAGCGUAGUCAGAUCAUCGCUAACCGUAUCAACAUGAGGCCGCCCCUGAUGCGACCGGUUGUCAGUGGCUCGGCAAUCGUUACAGUAGAUUUUGAUCGAACCACUUCCAGAAUCUACUGGGCUGAUGCCUCACAGAAGAAAAUAUGGAGUGCCUACCAGAACGGCACCGACCGGCGAGAGGUGUUCUCUGCUGGUCUAAUGGUACCAGAGAGUAUAGCUGUGGACUGGGUCGGCCGGAACCUCUAUUGGACCGACUCUGUCAUGGAAAAUAUUGAGGUGUCGACUCUGGAUGGGCGCUUCCGGAAGGUCCUUGUGACUAAAAAUGUCACCAGCCCCCGUGGACUGGUCCUGGACCCCCGCAACUAUACAAACCUGAUGUUCUGGUCAGACUGGGGUAAGAAUCCCCGGAUUGAGAGGGCUGACAUGGACGGAGCCAUGAGAAAGGUCAUCAUCAGUACCAAACUUUACUGGCCCAAUGGCCUGGCACUGGAUUACACCACAAGGAGACUGUACUUCGCUGACGCCUACCUCAAGUACAUUGACUACUGUGACUAUGAUGGCAACAAUCGGCAUCAGGUCAUGGCAAGUGAUAUGGUUCUUCAGCACCCACAUGGUAUGACUAUCUUUGAAGAUAACAUUUACUGGUCAGAGCGCUACACAAGUAAGGUGAUGAGGACAAACAAGUUCCAUGGUGGCAACAUCACCACUUUAAUGAGCAGCGUCUACCAGCCCAUGGGCAUCGUUAUGGACCAUCCUGUCAAACAACCUGCAGCUAUCAACCCAUGCAGGGAACACCUGUGCACUCAGCUGUGCCUGCUGUCGGGCAUACGACCCAGGUACUACACCUGCCACUGCCAGUCAGGCUGGAAGCUGGAUACUGACAAACGCACCUGUAUUAAAGAUGAGUCUGCCUUCUUAAUGGUGGUGAGAGAUUCAGUGAUUUUCGGCAUUCCUCUUGACCCUGCUGAUCCCUCCAACAAUGCAAUGGCUCCUGUGUCCGGUGUCAGCCAGGCAAAGGACAUAGACUUCGAUGACCAGGAGCAGUUCAUCUAUUGGGUGCAAAAUACUGGUUCUAUAUGGCGUGUGAAAACCAGCGGUACCAACAGGUCGGAGUUUGCCCCAGCUGCUUUCUAUGGCACGCCUUCUGGUCUUGCUUUUGAUUGGAUGAGCCGAGUGAUGUAUUACACCAAUCCCUCUGCUAAAUCUAUAGAGGUUAUCCGUGUGGAUGGAGACCAGCACUACAGGAAGACUCUCAUCACCUCCAAUGGGAAACCAGAGGGGGUUGGACAACCCAUUGGGAUAGUCCUGGAUCCUGCUCGAGGUAAAUUGUUUUGGACAGACAAAGGUUCAGACAAUGGAGUUCCUCCAAAAGUUGCCAGCGCUGAUAUGGAUGGUGCCAACAGCCAGAACCUCUACACAGAAAACCUGGCUAAUAUAGGAUUCAUUGCUGCUGACAUCUCUACUAGGAAACUGUACUGGGGUGUGGCAGGUUCAGGCGUGAUCGAAAGUGGAACAAUGGACGGAGUGACCCGAGUCACAGUGGUCAGUGGCCUGUCUCAUCCAUGGGGUUUGACCAUCCACCAAAACUACCUUUACUACACCGACCUGGACUAUGAGGUCAUUGAGAGAGUCGACAAGGACACUGGUGCAAAUAUGGUGGUGAUGAGGAGCGGCAUGUCUGGCCUGCGUGCCCUCAAAGUCCACGCCAGAGACAACUCGGCAGGAAGCAGCAACGCCUGCAGCUCCAACAACGGGGGUUGCCCCCAUCUGUGUCUGCCCAAACCACAAAAUCAGAAGACCUGUGCCUGCACCACAGGCUUUUACCCCUCUACAGACGGCUCCCGCUGUGAACAAUAUGAAUCUUUCGCCAUCGUCUCCACCUCCAAGCACAUCCGUGGUUUUCACAUAAACAGCUCUGACCACUCUGAGGCAAUGGUGCCUGUUGGUGGAUAUUCCUACUCCAUGAAGGACAAGGUGGACCUUCAUAUUGAGUCUGGCUUUGUUUAUUGGACUGAUAACAGCACCUCCAGCUCCUCCAGAGGGAUCUUCAGGGCUAAAACAGAUGGAGGACGAUACAGCAGCGUUAUCACCUCGGGUGUUGGAAGAAGAGGCAUCCAGGGCCUGGCUAUUGACUGGAUCGCAGGUAACUUGUACUUCUCCAAUGCCUUUGAGAGUGAGACCUUCCUGGAGGUACUGGCCAUCAACACCACCUAUCGAAUGAUUCUUUUCAAAUCCAAACAUGACCAACCAACUGAUCUGGCGGUCAGCCCUAAGCUUCGCUACUUGUUCUGGACCGACGCUGGCCAAACACCCAAGAUAGAGCGGGCCCUCCUGGAUGGCACCAACCGCACAGUACUGGCGUCGGAGAGCCUGGUGUCGCCACGGGGUCUAACUGUUGAUUACACCAAUGACUUCCUUUACUGGACAGAUGAUGCUCUUGAUAUGAUAUCACGUAUGGCCACAGAUGGCACGCAGAGGCAGAUAAUCCGAUAUGGCAGCCGGUAUCCAUCUCCAACAGGAGUGGCUAUUCUUGGAAACUACAUGCUGUGGGUAGAUAAAAGACUUGGGAAACUCUUUCAGGCGAGUAAGGAUCCAGCCAAUACUAACCAGCCAGAGGUGAUUCGAGACAGUCUAGAAGGGCUGAUGGAUGUGACCAUCUUUGAUACGCAUGUCCAGCCUACAUCUGCCAACCAAGUAGCCUUCAACCCAUGCCAGGAAAAUAACGGACGCUGCCAGCAGUUUUGCUUUGCCCUUCCGAACCAGGAGAAACCGAAGUGUGGUUGCGCACACGGGUCACUUCUUAGUAAUGGAGUAACAUGUGGUUAUGGACUAGAUGAGUUUUUAAUUUUCAGCACAGACUACACUCUGAACAGCCUGAGGUUGGACCCCGAGGAUCACAGCACCCCUUAUCCAACAGUGAACCUGGGUUACUCUGUGAUGGCAGUGGAUUACGAUUUCAGAGACAAGAGAAUUUUCUUCGCGCAGUAUUUAGGGAUCGGUCGAAGCAGAAUCGGCUAUGUCAUUACAACAUCCAUUACCAGCCCACCUGUCUAUAUAGCUACAAACUUGGAUGACCCAGAGGGCUUAGCGUAUGACUUCAACAAACGGCUCUACUUCACUGAUUACUACAGUCGUAAUAUCCAAUCCAUUGGGAUGAAUGGGAUGAACCGCUCUAUCGUCGCCCAUGCAAAUCGCCCCAGAGGCAUCGUUGUUGACCCCUGCUAUGGUUACCUGUACUGGACUGACUGGGGCACACCGGCUAAAAUUGAGAGGGCAACGCUGGGUGGAAACUUCCGCACCCCUAUCAUCAACAGCAGCCUGUCAAUGCCCAAUGGCCUGACACUGGACUACGAGGAGAGGAUGUUGUACUGGGCUGAUUCCUCACUAGACAAGAUUGAACGGGCCUCACUGACGGGUGAGAACCGUCAGGUGAGUCGUUCAGGGGUCCAGUACCCUUUUGCAAUGACCGUCUUUCAGCAGGACAUCUUCUGGACCGACUGGACAGAGAGGGGCAUUUUCAGGACCGGGAAGGAUGAUGGUUCUGGCUUUGCAGUCCUUGCUGAGGAUCUCACCUAUCGGCCAAAUGGCAUCCGUGCUUACGCUGCGUCAAACCAGGAGAACUGCACCAGCUCCUGUCAGCAGUUCAACGGAGGCUGCAGCCACAUCUGUGUGUCAGGUCCAUCAGGCCCAGAAUGCCAGUGUCCUCACCAGGGGAAAUGGUACUUAGCUAACAAUGGCAAAGACUGUAUCAAAGACACCGGGAAACGCUGUCAGCCAGAGCAGUUCACCUGUCUCAAUGGAAACUGCAUCUCAGCACGCUGGAAGUGUGACGGCUAUAAUGAUUGCAAUGACAACUCAGAUGAGCUGGAGAGAGUGUGUGCCUUCCACACCUGUGCAGCCAUUGACUUCACCUGUGACAACGGACGCUGUGUGCCGCUCGGCUACACAUGUGACUACACCGACGACUGUGGUGACAACAGUGAUGAGCGGGGCUGCCCCUUCCCCACCUGCAACCCAACGACUGAGUUCACCUGCGCUAGUGGGCGCUGCAUCAGUGCAGCUUUUGUCUGUGAUGGACAUAAUGACUGCAGAGACAACGCCACGUCUGAUGAAAUCAAUUGUCCCGACAGAACAUGCCCUGCAGGUCAAAUCAAGUGUGAAAAUACCAACAUCUGCAUCUACCCUCAAAGUCUGUGUGACGGCUACAACAACUGUGGAGACAACAGUGACGAGAACCCUCUGUUCUGUGCUGGUCGAACAUGUGCUCCAAACCAGUUCCGUUGCGAUGAGGGAAAGUGUAUACCUGAAAGCUGGGUGUGUGACGACUUCAGAGACUGCAAAGAUGGAACAGAUGAACCUCCUUCCUGUGAGGAUGAAAUCAGGACUUGCAGCCCAAACCAGUUCACAUGUACCAACGGUAACUGCAUCCCUCAGUCCAUGGUCUGUGAUGGCAACAAUGACUGCUGGGACAACAGCGACGAGGUUCAAGAGUUACAGUGUGGUCAACGCAACCUGUAGUUCCAACCAGUUCAACACUGUCCAACCUGGCAUCCUGGUCACCCUCGCUGUGUGCCUCUAGCUUUGUGUGCGGAUGGUGAUAAAGACUGCGCCAAUGCAGCCGAUGAACUGCAAACACUGCCCCAACAGACCUGCCAUAUGAAUGAGUUUGCUUGCGCUAAUGGACUAUGUAUCCUCAUUCCCUUCCACUGUGACCGCGUGAAUGACUGUGGGGAUGGCAGCGAUGAGCUGGGCUGCACCUACGACACAUGCAGCAGCAGUCAGUUCACCUGUGGCAACGGCGCCUGCAUCCCCACCUACUACACCUGCGACGGGGAAAGCGACUGUAUGGAUGGGUCUGAUGAGGCGGACAGCUUGUGUGUCACGGUCCAGCCCACUUGUGCUCCUCAGCAGUUCAUGUGCAAGUCCGGCGAGUGCAUUGACAACAGCAAGGUGUGCAAUGGACUCAAAGACUGCCAGGACAACAGUGAUGAAAAAGGAUGUGGAGUCAAUGAAUGCCGGAACCCAUCUGUUCAUAAGUGUGCCCAGGUCUGCACGGACACCCUCACUGGUUAUUACUGCUCCUGCUUCCCUGGAUAUAAACUCAUGCCGGAUGGAAAAGCAUGCGAGGACCUCAACGAGUGUCUCAGCACACCGGCGGUCUGCAGCCAGAUCUGUGAGAACACCGUUGGCUCGUACCACUGUAAAUGUGCCCCAGGGUACAUCCGAGAACCAGACGGACGUACUUGCCGCCAAAACAGCGGCAUUGCCCCAUACCUGUUGUACACUAAUCGCUACUACAUCCGCAAUUUGACCACUGAUGGCUCACAUUUGAGUAUAGUCCUGCAGGGUCUGUCCAAUGUGAUUGCAUUGGAUUUUGACCACUAUGAGAAGAGGCUGUAUUGGUUGGAUGAUGGAGUGGGGAAGCUUGAGAGGAUGCGUUUUGAUGGAAGUGAGAGAGAGACUCUGGUGGACAACAACAUAGCAGGAGCAGAGGGCAUGGCUCUGGACUGGGUGGGCAGGAAGUUAUACUGGGUGGACAGUUUUUAUGGCUCAGUGCAUGUGAUGGAGCUGGAUGGGCGCUACCAGAAGAAGCUGAUCACUGGAGCGUUCACAGAUGGAAAUAACACAUACGUUAUCACCCGACCUCGUGGUGUUGCUGUCAACCCUAAAUAUGGAUGGCUGUACUGGACAGACUGGGCUGACACUGCAUACAUUGGCAGAGUUGGCAUGGAUGGAACCAACGUCAGUGCAAUUAUCAAAACCAAGCUGGAGUGGCCCAGUGCUUUAACUGUAGACUACACCACUAACAAGAUCUUCUUUGCAGAUUCUCACCUUAACUUUCUGGACUUUGCAGACAUGGAUGGUCAAAACCGACACCGGGCCAUCGCUGGUUCUCUUCCCCAUGUCUUUGCUGUUUCCCUGUUUGAGGACUGGGUCUACUGGACAGACUGGAACACACACACAGUGGAAAAGGCGCAUAAAUACACCGGAGAAGAGCGCACAGUCAUGGGCAACAACACUCACCGACCCUAUGACAUCCAGGUCUACCACCCUUACAGGCAACCACGAAGUGAAAACCCUUGCACUUCCCACCACCUGACUUGUAGUCACCUGUGUCUGAUCGCCCCUGGUGGGCAGGAAGCCACUUGCGCCUGUCCUGAUCACUUCAUUGGCCUCUCGGUGGGCUUCAAAAUCCAGUGUGUCGCCGACUGCUCCAGCACCCAGUUCCGCUGUGGAGACAAUGAGAAAUGUGUGCCUAUAUGGUGGAAGUGUGAUGGCCAGUCUGAUUGCGGUGAUGGUUCAGAUGAACCUCAGACCUGCCCUCCCCGUUAUUGCCCCAUUGGUCAAUUCCAGUGUAAAGAUGGAAACUGCACCUACCCCGGCUUCAUCUGUGACGGCCACACAGACUGCCCUGACAGUUCAGAUGAGGACGCCGCUCUCUGCAGUGACCACAGAUGCCUGGAAAACCAGUUCCAGUGUAAAAACAAGCAUUGCAUCCCUGUGGCCUGGCACUGCGAUGGAAUAAAUGACUGUACAGACGGAAGUGAUGAAGACCCAGACACUUGUUCCCAGAAGACCUGCCGACCAGGACAGUUCCAGUGUUCCAAUGGACGCUGUGUUCCAUCGAGUUACGUGUGUGACGCCCAGGACGACUGUGGCGAUGGAUCUGAUGAGCCAUAUGAAACCUGCAUGGGUCCAGACUACAAAUGCGAUGAGGACACUGAGUUUUCCUGUAAGACAAACUACCGCUGCAUUCCUCAGUGGGCUCGCUGCGAUGGCACGAAUGACUGCAUCGACAACAGUGAUGAGCAGGGCUGUGAGGAGGUGACCUGCGAUCCUCUGGGAGAUUUUCGUUGUGAUAAUCACCGCUGUGUUCCCAUCCGCUGGAAGUGUGAUGGCAACAACGACUGUGGUGACGGAUCAGAUGAGAGAGACUGCCAACCAAGGCCUUGUUCUGAGAGUGAAUUUAGAUGUGACAAUGCACAGUGCAUCCCUGGAAAAUGGGUGUGUGACCAUGACAAUGACUGUGGCGACAAUUCAGACGAACGAGACUGCGAGCUGCAGACAUGUCGACCAGGUUCAUUCCAGUGUGACUCGGGUCAUUGUAUCCCAGCUGCCCUGCAGUGUGACGGCCGGCCUGACUGUAAGGAUCUGUCAGACGAGACCAGCUGUCCUACUCGUUUCCCAGGAGGCCAUUGGUGUCCUCAACACCUGUUCGAGUGUAGCAACCAUCUGUGUGUGAGCAAGAACUUUGUGUGUGAUGGUGAAGAUGACUGCGGUGACCGCUCAGAUGAACAGCUGGCUUUAUGCUUGAACAUCACCUGCGAGAUGCCGUCCAAGUUCCGCUGUGCCAACGGCUACUGCAUCUUCUCUGGUCUGAUGUGCAACCAGAAGGAUGACUGUGGAGACGGAAGCGAUGAGAAAGAAGAACUGUGCCGAGAACCCACGCUGCCCCCGUGCACACUGGAACAGUUUAAAUGCACCAACGGACGCUGUGUGGCCCUGCACUAUGUCUGUGAUCACAAUGACAACUGUGGGGACCGCACAGACGAAUUAGGCUGCAAUUUCGGCCACGAUCGGAACUGUGAGGAGAAGCUGUGCCAGCAUGAGUGUACCAACCUGAACGGUACCGGCUUCAUCUGCUCCUGCAGACCUGGAUACAGGGUGGACCCAGACAGCACAUACACCUGCCUCGAUAUUGAUGAGUGUGAGACGUACGGCAUAUGCCCACAGAUCUGUAAGAACACCAAGGGCAGCUACGACUGUGAGUGUGCCCCCGGCUACAGGAGAGUGGGCGACGGCAAAGAAUGUGAAGCUGAAGGGCCAACUCCGCUGCUGCUUCUACCAGAGAACAUUCGUAUCCGGAGAUUUAAUCUCCAAACAGAGGCCUAUCACGACUUCCUCCAGGAAGAGGAGCACAUCAUGGCCGUGGACUAUGACUGGGACCAUGACAACACUGGACUCAGUAUGGUGUACUUCACUGUAGCUGGAAAGGCGUCUGUGCACGGGGCCAUAAAGAGAGCGUACCUACCUUCAGUGGAUGACGGCAGUAAUAACAUUGCUGCAGCUGUAGACCUUGGCAUCAAAUACAUCACCAGACCAGAUGGCAUCGCUGUGGACUGGGUGGGCAGAAACUUGUACUGGGCUGACUCCAGAGUGAAGAGGUUGGAGGUGGCCAUGUUGGAUGGACGAUACAGGAAACACCUCGUCAAGACUGAAUUGGGCCACCCAUCUGCUGUGGCCGUCAACCCACGUCUGGGGAUGUUGUACUGGGCUGAUCGAGGAGCUGAGCCCAAAAUCGAGUGUGCCUGGCUGGACGGGCAGAAGAGGAAAGUCCUUGUGUCUGAGCGCCUGGGUUGGCCAACUGGCCUUUCAAUAGACUACACCAACGGUGACCGCAUCUAUUGGUCCGACUCCAAGGAAAGCCGCAUUGAGUCUGUUCUGCCCUCAGGAGACGACCGAAGGACCGCCGUUUACAUAGAUGUGAGAAACCCUUUCAGCGUGACCGUGUUUGAGGACAGUGUUUACUGGAGUACUCAAGAAAAGGGUGAGGUGUUCAGACAGAACAAGUUUGGUCGUGGUGUGAAGACUAAGUUGCUGACUGCAGGGCCUUGGCUGACCCAGGUCUCUGUGUUCCAGCAGCAGAGAUAUAACUCCAUCAACAUGAAGAAUCCAUGUAAAGGGACAUGUAGCCACCUGUGUUUGCUGCGACCGGGUGGAUACACCUGUGCCUGCCCUGAAGGCACCAGCUUUGUACCUGGCAGUAGCACCGACUGUGAUGCAGGGUUUGACCCAGUGCCCACAAUGCCACCACCAUGCCAGUGUCAAAAUGGAGGCACCUGCUACUUUGACGACAACAAGGCUCUCUGCAAGUGUCCACCAGAAUGGGAUGGAAUUUACUGCCAAAUAAACAAAUAUAAUGUGAUCGCAUCCUCAGCCGGUAUAGCCAUCGGGGUGACAAUAGCAGUUGUUGCUCUGUUUGUUGGUCUGGUUUAUGUUGCCAGGAAAAAGAAAAACCUGCUGGAAAGGCUACGGGAUAACUUACCCAGCAUGCCCUCCAUGCCAUCUAUGCCCUCCGUGCCCAAUCUGUCACAGUUAAGAAAUGGUUUGUCUACACCAUCAUCAACAGCAGAGGCGAACGAAGCAAGGCUUGAUACUGAAGCGGUACCAUGUAUAUCUGUGCCCAUGUCACUGACGGAGGGGAGCUGCUUUGAGAACCCAGCAUACGAAACUGGAGCGCAACCUGUUGUUAACAGUGUGGCAACAACCACAUCUAUUCCCAAUGGAACAAACCAGAAAAGCAUUGAUAAUCCUUUGUACAUGGAUGAGCUUCAGGUUGCAGAUGAACCUGUCACAAAAGUGAAGGAUGGAAUGGAGGCUUUUGAGAACACAGCAGAGGGCUCAGAUAUACAGGAUGCUGACAUCACUUCUGCACAACCAGCUGCUGCCAGCGUGCAGCUUGAAAACACCGGAGAUGAUGCGUUCGUGUCCUUCAAGAACCCCUCAUACACGGAGCAGAGAAAUCCACCCUCUGAUUCUGAAAUCUGAACCUCAGCAUCAGAGAAUAGACCGGAUCAUGUUGCGGGAAAUUUCACUGGACGAUGGAACAUCACUGAAAUAUGUUUAGUCCAAGAAGGAAAACUGUAUUUGACCAUUAACAGGGUUGACUGUAAUCGCAGUGUAACUGCAAGCAUUUUUAUGUGUAACUUUGAUUUAAUUCAAUUAACUGUAUAAUUACUAAGGAAGCUUUAAUGUAAUUUAACAUUAUUUUGAGUUUUCAUGAUUGUAUUUUUUUAUUUAGUUGAAUAUUAAAAUGACAUGUAUCAAUCUGUUAUAUUUCUUGAUGAAAAAUGGAAUGAUUUGAACAUAUAAACUGAAUAUUAUUUGUGAAUGUUAAGUAGUUUUUUUGGUUUGUCAACACUGUCCCUGUAGUGUUAACAUU